CCCACUUUAUUUGUGUGUUGGAGAAAGGCAUGGAGUCGAGUUGGGCGCCGACAGAGAGAGGCCUUUGGGCCUGGGUCGUGGGGGCCGCGAGUUUCGUGUCCACGGGACUUUGCCUCGGACUUGUUAACUCGUUCGGAGUUUUCUACGCCGCGCUGCAAGAGCGACUCGCGGCCAACGAGAUUCCCGAGCCGUCGUCCAAAGCUGCUCUCGUCGGCUCGUUGACGAUGGGGGUGCUUUUCGCAUUCAGCCCUGCAGCAGGACUGAUCGCGGGCGCGAUUGGGGCGAGAAAAACGACUCUUCUGGGUGGAGCUGUGGCGUCAAUAGGGGUGUUUGCCUCGUCAUACCUCAUACAAGAAGUAGAGCUGCUGUACUUGACGUACGGCGUUCUUUUCGGUCUUGGUGCUUCUCUUUCAUACACACCGUCCUUGACGAUUUUGGGUCUCUAUUUGGAAAGCGAGGUGAAUUUGGUGAACGGAAUCGUGGCCGUGGCGAGUGCAACCUUCACGGCGAUCUUACCUCACGUCCUUGGCCUCUGCAUCGCGGCCGGUGGACUCGAGUGGACGCUCAGGCUGGUCGCCGGUCUGCUGCUGUCCGUCGUCCUGGCGGCCCUCACGUUCGUCGUUCCUCGGGAAUCGACGCUGCUGCUGGAGAGCAACUCGAGCACCGCGUCUGCACGGUCCACGCUGCCCCUCAUUUGGCACAACAAAAAGUUUCUAACGUGGGUUUCUGCAACGGUGGUGGCGCUCGUCGGAUACUACAUCCCUUACGUUCACCUGCCCAAGUUUGUGUCGAUCAAUUUCCCGAAUCACGAUGGAUCCGUUUUGAUAACUUGCAUCGGCGUAGCUUUCGGAGUCGGACGCAUAGUGUACGGCCAGGUUUCCAAUCUAAUCGAUGCCAAUCGUCUGCUCCUUCAGCAAGUUUCGCUUGUGAUUGUCGGCGGGUGCUGUUUGGCGUUGAGCGCGAUUUCCGAGUGGUACUGGGCGAUCGCGUUGUCCCUGCUGAUGGGACUCUUCGACGGCUGCUUCAUCAGCCAGAUCGCGCCGAUCGCGGUCGAGCUGUGCGGGGUCCAAAGUGCCCACCAGGCGGUUGCAUUGUACUUCGCAGUGUGCUCCGUCCCCAUAGCCCUAGGGCCACCCCUAGCAGGAUAUCUAUUUGACAGAACGGGGACGUACUACUUGCCCUUUGUUCUGGCCAGCGCCCCACUCGUUUCUGGAGGGUUGGCGCUGAGUUUUGUUAAAUGUUGCUGAGUCUUUUUUAUGAAAUUCGGAGAUGGAAAAUAAACAAAGAAUCAUUUGUUAAUUACUCACUUUUAUAAUUA